AUGGAAGAAGAUGACGACGCAUGGUCCUAUUCGUUUCCGCCUUCUACCGAACUUCUACCUCUAGAGGGCGAAGGUGGUGAAGAGAGUCCCAACGGCUCUGUCAGUAAUGAGCAGAAACCCGGGCCUGAACUGCCAGAGGGACGGAAACUUCCCAAAAUUUCUACAAACAAAGCAGAUAUCAUGCUGUUUCGUUCCGUUUCGGCCAGUCUGCCGGGGCCUUCUUCUGCGUCCAUCGGCAAGGGAAGCGGGUUCAUGCCAAAAGCAGUGCCUGCUGAUCCCCACACAACGAAGAAAGAUGCCAGCUCAGUCAUGUCGAAGGAAGGCUCCACCAACGCCUUGGCUGAGGGCUCUUCUAGCCCGCCGCUAACGCCGAAAACAGAUCUCAGCAAUUCGAUCAAAAUAUGGCAGAAACAGCAGGAGCAGGACUCCCAGAGCGCCCAGCUCAGCGAAAUGGCAGCGGCAGCGGCGCUAGAAAGCUCAGGCGAAUUCGCCGCAUCUCCUAAAAUUAUCGCCUACAGAAAGGGCCAUAAAAAGACCUUGUCCGAAGGUCUUGGGCCGGCAUUUGUCGACCAGCAGAACGAGCUAGAGAGAGAUAAGUUCGAUCCGAAGUUGUACGUGGCUGACAAGUACAAGGACACACACUACAGGUACGCCACGAUGAAAAGAAAUGUUGACUUUCACCAGCUAUUCCGGAGUCUUGACUUGACAGACCGACUCUUGGACGAUUUUGCGUGUGCCUUGAGUAGAGAGAUUUUGCUACAAGGAAGACUUUACGUCACCGAACGCUCGCUUUGCUUCAAUUCGAAUUUGUUGGGCUGGGUCACCAGUCUCAUUGUGCCGUUUGAAGAUAUCCAGCGAAUUGACAAGAAGUCUACUGCAGGUCUCUUCCCCAACGGCAUUUCUAUCGAGACUAAAGAGGCGAAGCACAACUUUGCCAGUUUCCUUUCCCGAGACUCAACAUAUGACUUUCUUAGGACAGUAUGGCUGGCAUCCACAGGCAAAGAACAGUGCGAGCUCGACUCCUCUCCACCCUUACCCAUCAAAUCAAGGGAUAAUCCUUCCUCCAGCACAGAGGGAAAGAUAGACUCUUACAUCAAUUCUAUAGACGAGGAUGACGCUCCGCAAAUUCGAAAUGGCGAAAUUAAUGCGCUGUCGAGUUCGGAAUCUGAGAGUGACGAGGAAAGCGAUUAUAGCAACUCGGAGGCACCGCUCGACUCUCCCGAAACGGAACAAAGCUUAGAUGAUGCUCCGUCACAAGACUCAGAAAUAGUGUCGACAAAAAUCCAGCGCUUGAAACCUGACAGUUCUUACAAGAACAUGGGACCAGAAACACACCACCCAACCAGCGUGAGCAAAACCUUCGAAGAUGGCGAGCUCGAGAGUGAGAUUUGCCAGGCCACAAUAUCGGCUCCGAUGGGAACGGUUUUUGAUAUCUUGUUUGGAAGUAACGACACGGGCUUCCACUCCAAAUUCCUCGAGACUCAUGACGCUUCAGAAAUCACAAAGUACGACGACUACCACCCCAUGGAAGACGAUCCCACAAAGUUGGAGAGAAAGUAUGUCUACAAAAGAGCUUUGGGCUACUCGAUUGGUCCUAAGUCCACGCGAUGUAUCGUGAGUGAAAUCAUUGAGCAUCUCAAUUUUGCAGACUAUGUGGUGUUACUUUCUGUGACGUCUACUCCGGAUGUGCCUUCUGGAGGUGCAUUCACUGUAAGGACAAGAUACUACUUCACGUGGGGUGAAGCCAAUACUACGAGAGUCCGCAUAGCGUAUCACGUUAAGUGGACCGGCUCCUCUUGGAUCAAGAAGAUGGUUGAAAACCUGACGCAAUCUGCACAAGCAGCGGCUGCAAAGGAUCUUAUAGAACUGUUACACAAAGAGAUUUCGGAGCACACUUUCCUCGCCUCGGGCCCACCAGCGCUUAAGGCUGAUGUCGAAGCGGCGGAGAAGGAGGAGGGAGUGGCACCACAACCAAAAGUGGUCAAGCAAAAGAAAAAGAAGGAGAAGGUCUCAUUUUCGUACAACUCACCGCUUGGAAUUUUUGCUACCGUGGGAAGCCUUCUUCUUUCAAUGCUUUUGCUUGUUCAGUUUAAGAUCAUGCUUGAUUUGCUGGAAAGCAGAACGUUGAUGAACAGGCAGCUUGCACUCACGACAAACCUUCUCGGUGCUCUACAAACCAAGGAUAGAUUCCAAGUUGACAGUGACAAGAACAGUGAGGCAUUCUGGGAUUCUGUUUCGAAAUUUGAAGGCAGGCCCUUCGGCAAACAUGAGCGAGCCUCAUAUUUGGCUAGACAAGCUCUUCUCUUGGUAGGAGAGGAGGAAAAAAAGCGUUCCAAAUUGUUUGGUCUCAUUUGA